AUGUUAAUCAAUUUUUAUUCACUGUGACAUACAGUAAUUUCACAGUUAUUAAAUCUCUGCCGUUAUUCAACAAUACAUUUACUAUGAAACAGAUAUGUCAAAGCAACAUUUGUUUGCCAGUAAAAACUCAUUACUGUCUGAAGUCAUUUUCUGCAUGUAACAGAACUAACAUAUCCAGCAUAUCGGGAUUUUGCAUGAACUCGAUUUGUAUCAACAUUGUAAAAGGUUUGAAAUAUGUGAUUGGUCACAAUGGUUCCGCUGGUAUCAACACUAUUGAUGCAUAUUUUAAUAUAGGAAAUGCUUCUCAUGCGUUUUAUCAAUAUUUCGAGGUCGAAUACAAUUGGAUAGAUUUAAAUGACACAAAAGUUUUCAUUCGUAGUGGAAAUCCUGGCUACGUAAUGGAACUGAUGGAUUUCUUACAUUGCCUUUGACUGAAAAAAAUGGAGAAUGUGACCGAAUUAAUAGACAUAUCAUCGUAUUCGGUGAAGAUAUUAGAUUAACAUGCUCUGU